GUCGGGACCGGGUGAGAAACUGAGUACCAGUACUGUACUGUACUGUACAGCGCAAAGUACUGGUACUACGGUAGUACCGUGAGACACGUGCCUACCGCCUACGACAGACGGCCCAUGGGCCCAUCGUGACCAAUUCUAUCGACAACUCUCAUGACACGGCCGAUAGGCCCUCGUCCUCUACUGAACCGUACCGUAUUCCUAGACCCCCUGCGCCACGGAGAAAUGCUCCCCUCAACAUCUUAUGAGAGUAUCGCCCCCCCACGGUAUCCUACAGUUUGUCCCGGCGUCGCUAGAACUGGCAGGUCUUUGCAUUGAUCGCUGGUGGUCGCUGUGUUCUGUUGGAAUCUUGCUGGAACUGAUUCUACCGAGGUUCUCACAUACGGUGCUGUCUCGGUUCUCAAGCUCCACCACACACUCUCUCCUCCACUCGGGAACGGAACAAACGCCGUACCACCAAGCAGUUCUUGAAUUAUCAGAAACCAUAUCCCACCGGCAUAUACCCACUGUGGCCGCCGGGUUCUAUCAACCCUCCGACCCUAGAGAUCCCCACAGCGCAGGAUGCUGGGGACCCAACGCAUCUUCACGGAUUAUCAUGCGGUAUGAUAAGGUAUCGAGAUUGUUGGAUAUUAACUGUUUGUACAUGAGCCCGUACAGGCCCGAAGUUCUACACCCCUUGGUUUCAAUUCUAUUUCAACCUUCUCUUCCCUUCUCUUCCCUCCUCUUCCCUCCUCUUCCCUCCCUUUUCUUUUCCCUCUGAGCAGAACAAUAACGCCAAUAGAGCACUGGUCGAGGCCCCAGAAGAAUUGUAAUCACCCACUAACAAAUCGGGUAGUCAUUAGUCAAUGGUGGCGAAAUAAUCCGGGCUGCAUACAGUCUGUUCCGGCUUCACGAGAUCCUCGCGCUGCGGGUACCCGCACAGGGAAUAGACGUCACAAGCAAGUCUCGACCCGUCAGACUGUGGAGACUUGCCAGUUCUCGCAAUAUCGGAACAGAAUGCCCAGUUUGCACCCGACUCGAACACGGCCCCUCCGCCACAAAACCCGGUGGAAUGCCAUCAAAUACUCCCCCAUCCACUCUUCUAACCACCAUCACCACCACCACCACCACCACCACCACCACCACCACUACCACCACUACCAGCACUCCAGCCUAACAACAGCCAUGCUCGCCCGCACAAUAAACUACCUCGCACCCGCCUACAUCAUCCUCCUCUCCGCCUUAUUCGGCGUCAAAGCCUUAUUCCUCCACCUCUGUCUCCCCCCUACCGUUUCAACAUUCCGCAAUGUCUGGUUCAGCCUCUUCUGGCAGUACGUUGGCACCCGGUUCUUCUUCGCUCACGACCAACCCAGCAUUAGCCGCAUCAACUCCAAAUGCCGUGGAAAAGUCCUAGACGUCGGGCCCGGUGUCGGCGCUACGCUGAAAUUCCUCCCGCGCCCGCCACUGGUAACACACAUCUAUGGUCUGGAGCCCAACAUCCACAUGCACGCGCAAUUACAGAAAGCGAUCGACGACGAGGGGCUAACGGAGGUAUACACCAUUCUGCCGUUCGGUGCCGAAGACGUGGAUGGUCUGCGGGCUGCCGGCGUUGAGGCGGGGAGCGUGGAUACCGUGCUCACUGUCCGUGUGCUCUGCUCCAUGAACGAAAAGUUCAUGGAGAGGGCUGUGGGUGCGUUGUUCGAGUCGUUGAAACCGGGGGGUGAGUGGUUGGUUUACGAACAUGUUAGGAAUGGGAAGUGUGCUGUCUCCGCGUCGCUGCAAGGUACGUUGGGCAAGUUGCGUCGGAUAAGGGCGGUGGGGCGAGCUAAUCCGGGGCGUUUUUGCAGAAUUUUAUCAGAUCCUCUGGCCGAAGACGUUCGAUGGGUGCAACCUCAAUAGGAGGACGGGUGAGAUCCUCCUCAAGACUGGGCGAUGGGAGACCAAUGAAUUGGUGGACUUGGAGGAGGAGCCCUGGACGAUCAUGCCCCAUGUUUGGGGGAGGUUGGUAAAGUCUGGGGAAUAGGCCAUGGCGGCCUUUUUCUUUUUUCCCCCUCUCCCUCUCCUGCAGAGGGUUUUCCCAGGUUUAAUGUUUUUUAACCCCAGUUGUUUUACUUUCAAAGGGAUUGGACAUGGAUCAUGAAUUGUCACUCGAAUAACAUUUUGCAUCAAACCG